UUUUUGUUGUGUUGUACCAGGGAUCUUCCCAGUCAGUUCCCAAUACCAAUUAUUACCACUUUUUCAGUUUAUCAUUUGUGUUUUUUAAAGUUUGAAUCUGGUUUCUAAUAUUUUGUUUUAUACUGGAAAAUACAGUACAAAAAAUCCAACGUUAUACUAUAUCUUUAAUUUGAACAGAUACAGAAGAAAAUACGUGGUAAGCUAUCAUUAUGGAGGUAUUUUUUGGAAAGAUUCUAAUUUAUAAAUACAAUAAUCCUUUAACUGUUGACGAACUUGGGUCUACAAUAAAUCAAGAUUUGGGUCUUUCAUCAAAACAAUUCUACCUGCUAUCAAAUGGACGCAGGGUUACCACUGGACAUGUGUCUGAGACAGUCCAUAUUGUUCCAAGGAUCUUGGGAGGAAAAGGGGGAUUUGGUUCUAUGUUACGGGCUAUCGGGGCGCAGAUUGAGAAAACUACUAAUAGAGAAGCCUGUAGAGAUUUGAGUGGUAGAAGAUUAAGGGACAUUAAUGAAGAGCAAAGGUUAAAGAAAUGGGUCGCUCAACAAGCUGACAGAGAAAAAGAAGCUAAAGAGAAGAAAAAAAAAAAAUUGGAGAAAUUAUUAGAGCAACCUAAGCACGAGUUCAAAGAUGAAGAGUAUGACAAAGAAAGGUCAGUGUUGCCAGAAAAAGUAGAGGAUGCAGUAUUACAAGGGUUGGAAGCUUCUUGUAGUACGUCCAAGAGGAAAAUUGAAGAUAGUAAAAAUAAAAUACCAAAAAAGAAACCAAAACUUUGGGUAGAUAGUGAUGAAGACUUUCUCUCUUCGGGCUCUGACAGUGAAGAUAAUAGUAAGCCAGGUGCAUCAGAUUUGAAAAUUGAAUCAGAAAUCACAACACCAAGUGAAAAAGAUAACAAAAUAGCUGAAUAAUUGAUAAGUCCAAGUGGAACUGCAAACUUGAUAACCUAUUUUAAAAAGUCUAAAACAAUUUUGUAAAGUUGAACUUAUUGUAUUUAUUUAAUUAAUUAUAAAUAAAAAAAUACAGAAAAUGCCUAUAAUUGAAGUUAAUUAUACCAAAUUAAAAUCUUAUUCAUCGCUACGCGCUUCUCCAGUAUCCAUAACCUCAUCUCUAUUACCAUCCAUUUC